AUGCGUCGCGUCGCGUUGAGGCUUCUCCGUGGAAACAUGGCGGGCGAUGAGUCGAUGGCUGCCCCGUGGGGUAUGAACUACUACCGUGAUCCCGAGUUUCUGACUGCCGCGAGCUUCAUCUCAAGCGUCAUUUUCCGAUCCAUCGAGCCUAGUCAUCAAAUUAUCCGCGUCGUGUCCGAGGUACGAAGUAUGGUUCGCCACACGUCCGUCAGCGCGACGAUCGGCUUAGGGAUGAGGCCGCGGGCCGGCUGGCGUCGGGGCCUGCAGGUCUUCCGCAUCUCCUUCUCGCAUGUCGCACGACAGGCUGGCGACUGGUUCUAA